AUGGCCGCUACAUUCCGGGCUGCGCAUUCCUUUGGCGGAAUAGCGUUUGGGUGCAGCUUUGUCGUUCAGGGAGAUGACUUGGAAUUUUCCACGGCUCUCCUGUUCGGCAGCGCAGCCGAGUUGAACGGCAUAGGAGUGCAGUCGACGAUGGUGAUAAACAACACAGUCCUGCCCAAGCUUAAUGGUUACUAUCAUCUCUCCGUAGAAGGAAUAACUCUGGGGAACGUGUCUCUCAAUAUUCCACGAGGAUCGUUCGAUAUACAAGCAAAUGAAAGCGGUGGAUUCAUCAUUGACUCUGGAACACACUACACAGUUUUGCCGCAUGCUGCCUUCACUGCAGUGGUAUCUGUUUUGGAUUCUGUCCUAUGGCUACCCAGAGCUAACGAUUCCAAAGCUGGUUUAAGUGUAUGCUAUUCAUCACCCUACUACGACUAUAUCCCUGAUGUGAAUAUGACUUUCCAUAUGCUUGGUGCAGAUUAUGUUGUCGAUGGUGAACAUAAUUUUGUUCAAUAUAGAGAAUCUGGUCCGACUAAAAUAGGAUAUUUACUAUGUCUGGCAAUGUUAGAUAUGGAUGAGGCUUCGGUUGCAGGUGUGCCGACCGUCCUUGGAAGUUUUCAGCAACAAGAUUACCAUAUUCUGUAUGACAACGCUAAGCAGAGGCUCUCCUUUACUCCCACCCUCUGCAGGUCUCUGUAUAUGUCCUCUUACCCCUCGUACCUACAGUCCAAAGUUCCAGUCCCUAUAUUAGGGUGCCAUAUCUUGUUACCGCUGCUUCUGCUUUAUUUUGUAGCUUUCUCAUUAACAGUAUAA